CACUGCUAUUUUUUAAAUAAUCAAAUUAACACACGUCGAAGAUUUCAAGAAUCGGUGUUAUCCGCCAUAACUAAAUGAUGGCCUGGCUCAAGUGGAUAACUGUUCUGCAAGUCUUAAUUAUUUUUAGUGCUUUUCAAGUCGCCGAAUUUCAACAGCUUUCGGAUGUGGCGAAGAAUAAGUUUUAUAAGGUUGUCUCCAAUGCUGGAUCUACGCUCAAAAUCGCAUCGGUAACUUUAGAGAGUGUUAAAGAUGCCGUGGAUAACGUUUAUAAAAUGAAAAAGGGCGCGGCCAAACAUCUUGUGGAUCUGUUUAGCUUUCGUUCCUCAGAACCUCAAAAGCGCUCCCCACCAGCUACCUCUUCAUCUUGUGCUAAGGGGGAAUUAAGCUGCGAAAUCAAAGUGGUGUUUGGCUCCGGAUCCACACAGCAACCAGUCCAACUAUGAUUUAUGAUAAAGUUGGUAAUUUACGCGAAUAAAGGGGAAUACACUUGACUAUA